AUGAUGCCACUAACGAGAAAGGACCAGCAACAGAAGGCAGACCAUGCGUGGUGGUGGCGCAGCGUGAACGAUCAUCGAAAUAUCGCCACGCGGACGGUCACUGACAACGAGUCGGAACUACUGAGUGCUGCUGUGCUUUGCGCCGCGCUGGCCGCCACCAAAGCGUCUCCUUCAGCCUCUGAUGCGCUAGCUAAUGCACGCGCCGCUCGUGAGCUGGAGAUGCACGUGCGCAAGUCGCCGCUUCCGCACACUAUCCACUUACCGGUGAUCGAGCUCACGACCGAUUACGUGCUAGUGGAGUCAGAAGGCGCCGUCAUCUGUGCCAUGCGAGCUACGAGCUCCAGCGAUAUUAUACAUGCUGUGGUAGGAUCAGCUGUACCGCUUUCACAGCCGUAUGUGUACCAUUUCGGUGGAUCUCGCGUGCAUGCGCCGUUCUGGAAGCGCGUGCAGAGCCUGGACCUCACGAAACUGUACGUACGAGCACAGCAUGCACACAAAGUGUUACUACUCUGUGGACAUUCGAUCGGCGGCAGUAUCGCAAAACUAGCGUUCUGUGAGUUGGCUUAUUCUGCUUUGCCAAGCGGCAUGCGAAAGAUUCUCGAGAAGCUCGAUGCAGAUCAACUAAAAGACGGCGGUAAGGAGUGCAGUCACAAGGAGAAGCACUUCUACAAACAUCAGAAACAUAAGAUUGAUCUCACGGGAUGGAUGAAACAAGUUGGAGAUAGUGAUCGCGAUGCCGCACUUCAAAAUCGUCCUGUGGCGAUGGCCGUUGCAUUCGGUGCACCUUAUGCUGGUAAUGACACCUUGACUGCUUUCUCAAAGCUUUUGGGAAUUAAUGAUCGAGUGGUGACUUUUGUAAAUGAGUUUGACUGCAUCCCUGGGAUUUUGAAUAUUGCACAUUCGGCUGCGAUGCUUGCCAAAACGACUGAACGACUGGUCACGAUUGCGAAAGCAACGAAAGCUUUGCUCGAUCUACUACCAGCACCAAUGCAGCAGCAAGUUGCCGACAUGGCAAAAGGCGCUGGCACUGCUGCAGUACCCAGUGCUACGUCAGCGUAUAUAUCAAUGAGCAUCACCAUGCUUCAAAAGUCUUUCGACAAACUGCGCGAGUUUAAUAUCGUGAAGACAGUUGACCCUCGGUACGCUCCAUGCGGGAGCUAUAUUUUCAUGGCGAAUCGAAGCACAGAAUUCAACAUCUUCUCGGAACCGAUGGAGAUCCGGAAGGCCCUAGGUGAAGAUGGAAACGAAGCCACGACUGGUCUCACGGGAAACUCCAUCUUGCAGCACAGGAUGAGUGCCUAUGUUGAUGCUAUCGCUCGGCGGUCUGGAUUGGUUAAGAUCAACGCAACAAUGAACCAUUACGAACGCCUAGGUGUGGCACGGAACGCCACUGAACGUGAGAUUCGUGCAUCAUAUCGAUCGCUUGCACUGAGGUGGCACCCAGAUCGAAUUGCGCACGCAUCGUUCUCUGAUGAGCAAAAGGAGAUGGCGGAGGAUAUAUUUAAGCUGCUAGCAGAAUCCUACGAGGUGCUAUCAGACAAAGCAAACCGACAGGAAUACGAUGCGUAUUUGAAUCGGCCACUGAGCCGCAGAGAAGAGUUCAUACAUUACGGAACGGUCGACGGUAUAUCGCUUGACGAGGCGAUUUCCACUUUUAAGGAUGCGGUUGACAAUGUUUCUACCACGUUACACCGCAUGACAGACCGGUUCAGUUCAUCAAGCUCUACUCCUGUUACACAUUCACAUCAGCAAAAUGUAGGCAAGACAACGGCUGCGACGGCUACACCUUCUGGACACCAGAUCCCAGGUGGAGUGCAGGCUUCACCAACCAGCUUUCCAACUACGAUUGACAGUGCUUCAAGUAGUGUAGCUGGUGCUCCUGGCUCUACAGAAGCCAUUGGUCAAGUGCCAUCCAAUGCUCCUGUUGGAUCAAGUGGUGUCUUAACGUCAAGCACGAUUCAUACGUCAUCUGCUGAAGUUUUUACUUCUACAGUUGAAACAUCUGCUGCCCUGAGCAAGACCGGAGGGAUCGUGACAAUCAAUAAUGCAGACACCUCCACGCAAUCAAUUACCAUGCCAAGCAGUGACAGCAUUAGCUCAAAGUCGAGCAGCGCAAAUUUGAAAACGGUCGCAGUUGUGGGGGGCGCUGUGGCCGUUGCUGCCAGCGUGGCGAUUAUCGUCAGUGCGUGGUCUCAGUUCUCCGAAGCCUCUAAAAAGAAACGUCAAGCUGCUGCAGUGUAUGAUAUGCCAGGCGAUUGCUUGGUGUUGCUCUUACAAGACCGCAAACACGUUGAGCAACGGCAUAGUCGUACCCCAAGCAUUCAGCUUCUGCAGGAAUCCAAGGCUCGACAGAUUAAGGCAUUCGCUAUUGCUAGUAGUCCAGCCAAUAGUGGAAAUACCGAUUCUGGUGACGAUAGCUUGUAUCUCGCUGAAGAGGCUCAACUGGCGAUUGUCGAGCUAACAAAGCAAGACCAAGAGCAAGAUCGAGACGACAAUCUCAUCGAAGAGUUUUGCAAUUGCGCUACUGAUAAUGAAGAUGCAGCCAUUGAGGAAAUGGCUGAAGAGACGUUUUUUGACUGCGUUGAGCUUGUCCAAGACGUUGAUCAACAUUUUACCAAAAAGUACGAGAAAUUCUGGCAUCCGCAUGAUGUGCAAAAAGUUUACGUAACGUUUCCACAAGGUUCUAAGGUAAUUACUCCAUUUGGUCUUGGAAUGGUUGAGGAUUGGCGAGAGAACACCCCAACAGCGGCGAUUCGAUUUGAAGAGAAUUCUAUUCGCUACGUCGACAAGAAAGAAAUUACUCGAGGAGCGUCUUUGGCUUGUGAGCUAACGACCCAUGUUGCUGAGGAAAAGCGACUAGAAUUGGCAAGGUGUGUGAUCUCGAAUUAUGGAUUAGAUGAAAGCAAAACUGGGAAGAAAAUUACAAAUGUGGCGCUUGCCGGCGCAGAAGGUGCUGUCGAUAAUGGAAUUCGCGCAGCGGGUGGGCUAGCACUAGCUAACGGGGUGGCAAGAUCUGGGACAGCUCUUGGCGGUAUGGUAGCAGCUCCUUUAGCCAUCGCGUCCAUUCUUGUCGACAUUGGGAAAGAAUUUUAUGACUACCGCAAGAAGCACACGGAACGAAAGGAGCUAGGAGUGCUUUCGUCGACAAGUGAGCGGCUCAUGCGACGGGAAUUCCGCCUGAAAACGGGCGAGGUACUUGUGAGCCGCACAACGGCUGCAGCCGGUGCAGGAAUAUGUACGUACGGGGUAGCGUCAGCGAUGACGAUGUGGGCAGCUGCCGGUGUUGCUACUGGGCCAAUUGGAAUUGUAGCGGCAACUAGUGCUGCCGUUAUCGGUGGUGUCGCGGGCUACUUUGGGGGUGCCAAGGUAUACUCCCUGUCUACUGCAUCGUACUUCAAGAGCCACAAACAUGCAGAGGAGCACAUCGAUCGCUUGGAGCUGGGUGCGCGUGUGCUGUUCGAAGAGCAUGACCCGACAGGCACAGGAGAGAUUUCUAAGGAAGCGUGUCUCACAAUAAUGCAGAAACUAUUUAACAUUUCAGGCACGUCAGACUUUGCCUACGAGGCAACCGUUGAAGCGAUCAAAGAUCCAAGUUUUGCAGGGCCAGUGACGUGGCGUAUGUUUUGGGUCUGGGUGAGCACAGAGGCUGCGAGGUCGCUUAAAACUCUCGAACUUCAGGUGUCCGAACACGGUGAUGGCGAAAGAAAGAGGGAUAAAGUAAUUCGAAAACUUCAAGAAGCGAAGCAGAAGCACCAUGAAAAACACCACCCAGACGAAAAAAGAAGUGCCGGGGUCAAGCCAUUUGGAGUGUAUGUGAAAGAAGUGGAGAAUAAUAUCCAUGCUCGCGCUGCCUUUGCUCCAGUUACUUUUGGUGAAGAAGACAACCUUGAUGAGGUUAAGGCGACGGUCGAAGCUCUCGUACAGAGCAACCAACUGACGGCCGGGCAGGCGUUUUCACUUUACUCGCAGCUCGAUUCGAAUGAGCCUGUGGACCAAGUGUCUGCCCGGGAAGUCAUUGCAGCCCUUCAGUCAGAAUUAAAAAAGAGUGAAAGUUUCGAAGAGCUCUUUCCUGUUGCAAAGACUGAUGUCAAGAUCGAGAACGAGCAGACCGCAGGAGCCCAAGCAUCGAUUUUAGUCGACGUGAGCGACAAGCUGGUCGUGCCGUCGCAGUCAACAGCCUUGGCCAAGCUGCCCCCGCUUGCACCUUCCUCCACUGGUCAGAAGAAAAGGGGAUCCAAGUCGCCUCAAGUUGAUCCACGACUGGAUGUCAUGUGCUCUCUGAUGUCUACCGAUGGGUUGAAGCGGUUUCUCGAGAAGCAAUACAUUGUCCCAGAGGAUGAGGUGAUGGUUCGUCAUGAUGAAUUGCACUGCCUAGCGCUCGCUUCGGCAGUGCUGCCAGCUUCAUCGGGUACUAACAGAAUAAGUAGUAGUGUAUGA